AUGGAGUUAGAUGCAUCUAUAUUAUCAGAUUCUGAUAAAUUAGCCUCCUUUAUCAAUGCUGACCAGCACAUAAGAAUCAUAAGCAGGUGGAAAUACUACGGGAAAACCAAUAAUCAUGGAGAAUUCAGCAAAUUAACUAAAAAUUUAUACGAAAUAUCUAAUCACUUACAUCAGUUUCCUAAAGAUAAAAGUUUACCGUUUUUCAAAGAUUUACUUGAACAAUCAAACUUAAAGUUGAUUUAUAGAUGUUUGAACCACCAGAAAAACCAAUUAACCAUCAACGUCAUCAAAUUAUUGAAUAAUCUUAUAAAUAAUGGCUACUUGACAUUGUUUAUCAAUAACUUUAACCUCGAGUUGAAUUUCUUAUUCAAACUUGUGUUGAAGACCGAUAAUAUAAGGAAGGAAUUUAUCAAGUUUUAUAUCAAUCUUUUAAGUGUGAUGAGUUAUGUUGACAGGAAGUUCCAAUUAAGUUCGAAUACUAAAGUAUGGCUCAAUAUUUUCAAAUUAUUGGCCAAUGAUGAUGAAGAUAUCUUGGACUUGGUGAUGAAUUUCAUCGAUGAAAAGAUUUUAAAUGAAUCUAAUUAUAGUAAAGUCACCAAGAUGACGUUUUUGAAUGAAGGUACACUUUUCAAUUUACAGAAAAUCCACAAAAAAGAUACUUUUUCAUUAUUUGAAAAAAUCGUCGAUGAUAAAAUCGGUAUUCUUUUCAAGGAACCUCCUAAUACCACCAUAUCCGUGAAUAAUGUCAGCUUCAAAAUCAAUAACAAGAUUCUUUAUAAGUUAUUGACAUUCUUAAAGAUCGAUUCCAUUGAGAAAGUCAAUUUAUCAGUAUUGAUUUUAUCUAAAGAUCACAAUUUGAUUGAUCCUUUUAUGAACUAUUUGACUUUAAAUAACGGUAAUGAUUUGGUUUCUUCCAUCACUUAUAACUUAUUGUUCGUUAGAGUGUUGAAUUUCCCAACAUCCAAAGUAUCAGAGAUUUACUUGAAAACCUUCAAUAAAUCUUCAUUAGUCAAAAAUCUUAACCAUGACAAUGAUUUCAUCAAGUACUUGGUAAUGACGGUGAUCCAUUUAAUCUGUGAUAAGUUCGAAGUGUUGAAACCAAUUGAAAUCAAUAAAAUCUUAAGUAACUUACCUAAUAUCAAUGAUAUUUUAAAUACCACCACUUCUAAUCAAGUGAUGAGUUUGAUGAAAGUCAAACUUCUUGAGAAAUUAUCCAAAUAUGAGUUGAAUAAUGCUUUGAUCAAAUACCUUAACAAUGAAUUGACGGAUUUAGUUGACUUGAAAGGGAUAAAUCUUCAAUUAUUCAAUUAUUACAUAAGAAUAUUCAUCAAUUCGAAUACAAAUUUCGAGAUAAAGAAUGUUAAUCAUCUUCCUAAAAUGAUUAAAUUCUCCAAUUUGAAUGUCUAUAAGAAUAAUUGGAUACUUUAUAAUUUAAUCAAUAGAUUAUUCACUUUACCAAGAGACAAUUUGAUAAAUCCGUUCUUCUCAUUGAUUUUCAUCCAUUUCCCUGAACAAUUGAAUAAUUUGUUAGUGGAGUUGUUUCAAAGAUUAAACAGUCCUUACAAAUAUUAUGAUAUGCCUUUCAAUUUACAUAUUGUGAUCAAAAUCUUGAUUGAACAAUAUUCCAUUUUCAGAAAGAAAUCCGGUGAUGUCCAUGAUUCGUGGUUUAAUGAUAUUGUUAACAAUUUCUUUGUUAUAGGUGAAGAUUGGAAUGAAUUGGAAAGAUAUUGUAAGACUUUUGAUUUGGUGAUCAAGAAACAAUCGGUUUCUCCUAUUCAGGAAACUAAAUUCAUAGGUGAUGAUUAUCAGUUGAUGUAUUCUAUUAGAAAGUUCCAACAAUCCAAGAAACCCGAGAUUUAUGCUAAGAUCUUGGACUUCAUUACUGAUGAACAUAUCAAUAACCUUAACGUGUUUAAAUUGUUGGUAGAAGGAGAUAUUGAACUUUUAAGUGUCAAGAUGAAAGGGCUCAAAAUCAAGAAUCAAGAUAUCAUGGAUUUUGUGUUCCAACAAAUGAAACAUGGUAAGUUAUACCAUCUCAAUUGGUUAUUAACAGAAGAGCAGUUGAACUAUCAAUUUGACGAAGAUAUAAGACUUCAUAAUUUCAAGUUACUCUUAACUCAAGGGAAAAUUCCUGAUAUUUCAAUCGAAGAAUUGUUCCUGUUCAAGAAUAAAGAUAAGUUAAUCAUCCUCAAGGAGAAACUUACUACUGAUAACCUCAUUGAUUAUGUUGAAAGGGUUUGUAAGGAGAAAUCAUAUGAAUUAUUGGCUAUGGAAUUGAGUGAUGAGGUAGUUGAGUAUUUGAUCCAGAAUGUUCAUGAACCACAAUUAUCUAUCGUUGCUUCAUUCAUAAGAAGUUCUAAUUCUAAAUUGAGUGAAUUGUUUCAAAAGGUCAAAAUCAUCAAAUGUCCUAAUUAUUUGAAUUUAGUCAAUAAUGUCAUUAAGUUCACUGGUUCAUUAGAUCCUGAAACUGUCAGAGAUAUUCAUGAAAACUUCGAAUUAUCGGUAGAUUUGAUCUAUUUCUUACAAAAGUAUCCAAACUCCAAUGUCAUAAAUCAAAUCUUCAUCAAUAUCACCAAAUUCUUUGCUGAAGAUUUGAUUCCUGAAAACUUUGAUUCGAUUUUGAAUGAGUUAACAAAGAUCUUCCCUGUCGCGGUGGACUUGAACAUAUUGAACACUCAGUUGGAAGUGUUCUUGAACUCCAAAUAUGUCGAUAACUAUGAUUACUUGAAUUAUAUCAAUAAAGUCGUUUUGUCCUAUAAGGUGGAUUACUAUAAGUUGUUAAUGAUAUUUUUGAAUAAUAAGGAUAUUGGAUUGAAGUUCACUAACGAGCCAUCAAUCAGAAUUGAGACCAGUUUCAUCAUAUAUAAUCUUUUCUUUGCUGAAGGGAACCUUACUGCUGAAAGAGCCAAUAAUAUCUUGAAUCUAGUAUUGGGAGUUUAUUCUGGAUCAAUCAGAUUUGAAGAUUUGAUCUUGAAAGAGGUAUUGAAAUCAAUAGAAACCACUAAUAACAUCAAUUGGAUCAAUGUGGUUAAAAUCAAUAAUUGGGAAAUCAAUAACUUCAAUACUAAAGAUUUCGAAUUAAUCGGUGAUCAGAAAUUGAUCGAUAACGGUUUAAUCUCCAUAAAUAAGAAAUUUAUCAAGAACUUACAACAUUUCAAAUAUGGUAAUGAGCUCGCUAAAACUUUCAGGUCGGUUACAACUUCCAAUUUGAAAUCCAAUUAUCGAUCAAUGAUAAAUUUCAUUAAUACUAAUGUAUUCAAAAUCAACUACAAUUAUAGUGAAACAGUGUAUGAUUAUGAGUUCUUGAUGUUACUUAUCUUGAACAACGAAGAGUUCUUCUCCUUCGAUAAUGAUAAAAUUACAGUCAACAUCACCAAUUUGAUCGAUUACAAUAUCUUAGAAAUUUUGAUUCAGAAUUAUAAUGAACCAUUAAGUAAGAUUGUUGUUAAGAGCUUGGUAACGAACUUCCCUGAAGAAUUCAAAGAUGGAAAUGUGUUCAAGAUCUAUCUCUGUAACUUGAUCAAUACUUAUAGAUCUCAUAAGUUAUCACCAAUUCAAUUAAGACUUUAUAGUUCUUUUGUACCCAUUUUGGCAAAUCCAGGGAAUUUCUUAUACGAAAUCACUUACAAAUACGUCCUAGGACAUCCUAUUAUCAAGGAAGUAGAGCUUCCAAAUUUCAAUGAUAUAAAAUUUGAAAAUUUGAAGAUGGUUGAUUGGUAUUUAGACCUUUUUGUCAACUUCAUUGACGUAGAUGAUUUAAGGGUUCUCAAUAAGAAUAACUUCUUUGAAUGGAUUUUGAAUCUUCUCAACAUGGCCCUACCUGCAUCAGUCAGAAGAAAGAUUGAGAAGAUAGUAUUCCAUCUUUUAGAGAUUUUCGAUGGUUCUAACACUUUGGUGACAAAAUAUGGUUUCUUAACCUUCUUGAAUCAAGUGAAGAUGAACCCACAAAUCGCUGUCAAAUUAGAAAUGACUAAAUCCAAGAGAUUGAUGGAAUGGUCAGAUAAUGAUUUUCCUCAUCAGUUGAAAAGAAUCAAGGUUGAUCAGGUUUAG